GCUGCUGGCGCGGCUCUUCCUCCGCCCCCUGGGCGCGGGCGGGGCGCAGACCCCCAACACCACCUCGGAAGGCUGCCACAUUAUACACCCGCCCUGGGAAGGGGGCAUCAGGUACCGGGGCUUGACUCGGGACCAGGUGAAGGCUAUCAACUUCCUGCCGGUGGACUAUGAGAUUGAGUAUGUGUGCCGGGGGGAGCGCGAGGUGGUGGGGCCCAAGGUGCGCAAGUGCCUGGCCAACGGCUCCUGGACAGACAUGGACACACCCAGCCGCUGUGUCCGAAUCUGCUCCAAGUCUUAUUUGACCCUGGAAAAUGGGAAAGUUUUCCUAACGGGUGGGGAUCUCCCAGCUCUGGACGGAGCCCGGGUGGAUUUCCGAUGUGACCCCGACUUCCAUCUGGUGGGCAGCUCUCGGAGCACCUGUGGUCAGGGCCUGUGGAGCAGCGCCAAGCCACGCUGCCAGGCGAACCGAACGCCACACUCAGAGCGGCGCGCUGUGUACAUCGGGGCGCUGUUCCCCAUGAGCGGGGGCUGGCCCGGGGGCCAGGCCUGCCAGCCCGCUGUGGAGAUGGCGCUGGAGGACGUGAAUAGCCGCAGGGACAUCCUACCGGACUAUGAGCUCAAGCUCAUACACCACGACAGUAAGUGUGACCCAGGCCAAGCCACCAAGUACCUGUACGAACUGCUCUACAACGACCCCAUCAAGAUCAUCCUCAUGCCUGGCUGCAGCUCUGUCUCCACCCUUGUGGCCGAGGCUGCCAGGAUGUGGAAUCUCAUUGUGCUGUCCUACGGCUCCAGCUCGCCAGCCUUGUCCAACCGGCAGCGGUUCCCCACCUUCUUCCGAACCCACCCAUCGGCCACGCUGCACAACCCGACUCGUGUGAAGCUAUUCGAGAAGUGGGGCUGGAAGAAGAUCGCCACCAUCCAGCAGACCACUGAGGUCUUCACUUCGACUCUGGACGACCUCGAGGAGCGAGUGAAGGAGGCUGGGAUUGAGAUUACCUUCCGUCAGAGUUUCUUCUCAGACCCAGCCGUGCCUGUCAAGAACCUCAAGCGUCAGGAUGCAAGAAUCAUCGUGGGACUUUUCUAUGAGACGGAAGCCCGGAAAGUGUUUUGUGAGGUGUACAAGGAGCGGCUCUUUGGGAAGAAAUACGUCUGGUUUCUCAUUGGGUGGUACGCUGACAACUGGUUCAAGACUUAUGACCCUUCCAUCAACUGCACGGUGGAUGAGAUGACCGAGGCAGUGGAGGGCCACAUCACCACCGAGAUCGUCAUGCUGAAUCCGGACAACACCCGAAGUAUCUCCAACAUGACAUCCCAGGAGUUUCUGGAGAAACUGACUAAGCGGCUCAAGAGACACCCGGAGGAGACAGGAGGCUUCCAGGAGGCCCCGCUGGCUUAUGAUGCCAUCUGGGCCUUGGCACUGGCUCUAAACAAGACAUCCGGAGGCGGUGGCCGCUCGGGGGUGCGCCUGGAGGACUUCAACUACAACAACCAGACCAUUACUGACCAAAUCUACCGGGCAAUGAACUCCUCCUCCUUCGAGGGUGUCUCUGGCCAUGUGGUGUUUGAUGCCAGCGGCUCUCGGAUGGCCUGGACACUUAUUGAACAGCUACAGGGUGGCAGCUAUAAGAAGAUUGGCUACUAUGACAGCACGAAGGACUAUCUCUCCUGGACCAGGAUGGAUAAGUGGAUUGGUCAGUGCAUCCCUUACGAUGUUCUGACCUUCACCCCCAUCCCCUCCCAUGAACAACCCAGCAAAAGGGAUAUCCAUUUAAAGCCAUUUGGCUUCAGUUUGGGUUACGGCUCCAUGUUCACCAAAAUCUGGUGGGUCCACACUGUCUUCACAAAGAAGGAGGAAAAGAAGGAGUGGAGGAAGACGCUGGAGCCCUGGAAGCUGUAUGCCACGGUGGGCCUGCUGGUGGGCAUGGACGUCCUCACGCUUGCCGUCUGGCAGAUUGUGGAUCCCCUGCAUCGGACCAUUGAGACUUUUGCCAAGGAAGAGCCAAAGGAAGACAUCGAUGUUUCUAUUCUGCCCCAGCUCGAACACUGCAGCUCCAAGAAGAUGAACACUUGGCUUGGCAUUUUCUAUGGUUACAAGGGGCUGCUGCUGCUGCUGGGAAUCUUUCUUGCUUAUGAGACCAAGAGUGUGUCCACUGAGAAGAUCAAUGACCAUCGCGCGGUGGGCAUGGCCAUCUACAAUGUGGCGGUGCUGUGCCUCAUCACCGCCCCGGUGACCAUGAUUCUCUCCAGCCAGCAGGACGCAGCCUUUGCCUUCGCCUCUCUGGCGAUCGUCUUCUCCUCCUACAUCACUCUGGUAGUGCUCUUCGUGCCCAAGAUGCGCAGGUUGAUCACACGAGGGGAGUGGCAGUCCGAGGCGCAGGACACCAUGAAGACAGGGUCCUCGACCAACAACAACGAGGAGGAGAAGUCCCGGCUGCUGGAGAAGGAGAAUCGGGAACUGGAAAAGAUCAUUGCCGAGAAAGAGGAGCGAGUCUCCGAACUACGCCAUCAGCUCCAGUCUCGCCAGCAGCUCCGUUCCCGGCGCCAUCCCGCGACACCCCCGGAUCCUUCUGGAGGCCUUCCCAGGGGCCCCUCGGAGCCCCCUGACCGGCUUAGCUGUGAUGGGAGUCGGGUUCAUUUGCUUUAUAAGUGAGGGGGAGGUGUAGGAGAGAG